AUGGAGGAAGAACAACAAAUCCUCACUUUACUUCAAACAUUAACUUGCCCGUGCAACCCAGAUACUCGACAAAAUGCAGAACAAAUGUUACUUAACUCCCUCCCAAGGUCACUUCCUUUAUUAUUAAAUAUCGCGCUUAACAAUACUCUAGACAUUCCUCAAAGAUUAUUGGCGGCUAUUGUCUGUAAGAAUUCCGUCUUGGACAAACACCUUCCACCAAAUGACAUCUCUUUGUGUGUCCAACAAGUGAUGUCCAAUAUUCAAACAUGCCCAAGUCGAAUAUUCACAAUGCUCUGCUUCUUCUUGGAAGCUCUAACAAGACCAGACAAACCCGCGCGAAAUGUUUUACUCCAACAAGUCGUUCAACAACUCCCAAACUCUCUUCCUAUUUUAGAAGCGUUGUUGUGUUACACAUUUAUCGACUCAGCAGCACUGACCCUUUUAAGUGAGAAGAAUGGGUGUUGCUCUAAAUUGGUGCAAAUCUCAUUGUCACACCAAAGUCCAUCUGCCCUCAAAAUCCUCUCGUCAAUCAUUUCAUUCGCAUUACUUGAAAACCAAAACUUUUUGUCAAACGAAAGCUUUGUGAUGCUCCCGACAGCCAUUAUCGACUCAAUUCAAUCGGACAAUCUAUUGAUAGCAUACCACGCGUUAUCACUGCUCCGCGUGUUAUUGUCGGACGCUCCACAUUUGUUCCAAAACGACUUCGAUAAGUACAUCACCGCUCUGGUCAUUUUAUCGCAGAAUUUGAUCGACAAACAACAGCAGAAUUUUUGGGGACAAAUCGUCGUGCCUGCUGACUUCCCCUUUGAUUUGAAAGAUGCCGUGUUGAUCUCUUUAGUCGACAAUUUUAGUGCACUUGCCGCACUCGAUUUACUCGCAAAAAGCCAAACUCGGAAAAUUAACGACAUCGUGACGCUUGUUGUACGGUUGUUGUGCUCACCAACACACGACUGGAACUUUUCAUUUGAUGUGUUGUCGCACAACGCAGCACACAACGUGUUACAAACGCAGUCCAACACUUUACCAGAGGCGGGUAUUUUAUUCAUACACAACAUCGUGUUGCGACAGUCGGUCCCUGUUGCUGUGUUAUUCGCAUCAAGUUUUCAAUUAUUGGAACAAGGCGACUCAUUACUUCAAAUGCACAAGAGGAACUUCGUCAAUUUCCGAGGGACGGGAUUACUGAUUUUGUCGAUCUGUGGAAUGUACUUGUCCAACGCUCAUGUUCACAUUCAAAAAGAGGCAAACGCGCUGAUCACCAGUAUUAUCAGAUCGGACUUCCAGUUACUUGAACUACUCACAACAGAAGAUUUUGCGUGUCACGACAUAGCUUAUUCUUUAUUGUGUAUAUCGUCAAUUUUACCAUCAGCUACAUACCAAGACAUGGCUCUUUUCUUGUCAGCCCUUUCAGUGUCCUAUCAAAAGUUAGUUGAAUGUCCGAUGGUCCUCCCCUAUUUAAUGCAUUUACUGACUCAUUGCUUGACCAUCCAAGACUUCACUAUCUCACCGUUUUACACUUCUUUCUUCUCGGCAUUAUUAAACACAUUAGCAUUACCAAUCGACGAAGUGGUCUUUGUCUUGGACACACUUGCAGCAUAUUCAAAAUUCUUCCCCGCCGCAGGGACACUCUUCCAACCACUUGUCGCAAGCAUACUCAGGUGUUUUCUUCGUAAUCCAGUGUCGCCUAAUGUGCGUGCGUUGAUGUUAUCGAUCUUCACAAAUUUGUUCAACAAUCGCUCCGUUUUCCUUCGCAUUUCCGAAUUUUUGUUUCCCCCUCUUCCAACCGUCUUUGCGUUCUGUGCACGACAGUCGAGUGAUUAUGCACUGCAGACUGCUCUUAUGCUUGCAAAAUUGAUUGUUCAGUAUUCAAUGGCUCUUGGCACAGAGUUAAAGCAGCUUUUGCUUCUUGUUCUCUCUGCAAGCAAAGCGUCUGUCAACUGUAUGGAACUCUCUGUUGAUGUUUUGUUUGAGGUGAUCAAGAAGUAUAACAACCUCCUUGAAAAUGAAGAUGGCACGGCGAUCAUCACGGGGAUUCUCCAAGUGCUUGAAGAAGGUGCGCAAAUAGGUCUAAACGGUGAAGAGAAUUUACUCAAAAAAGUGUGUAGUGUUUUAAUGCUUCUCUCGGUCUCUUAUGGCGAGAAGGUUGGGGAGUGGAUAUUGAAAAUAGGGUUGAACGCGGAGGACAAAUUGAAUUGUGAGUUGGAGUGUGUAGUUGCCCGAGCGGUUAUUGGGUGGAAGAAUUGGAAAGAGAAGGGGAGUUCCAUAGCGCCUCUGUUAUUGAAAAAGGCGGUGAAAAUGCAUGACGAGAUAAGAAACAAAGGGGUGUAUUUUGGGAAGAUUCAUGGGAUGUACAUUGGGUCGUUGGUUGAAGUCGAAGAAGUCGACAGUCAAUUGAAUUCCAAAGGUAUCCCAAUUACAAUUGAAGGACUCUUUCUGAUGUAUUUAGACUUAGUUGGGAUGGAACAGAUCUAUAAUAAUGAAAGAGAACGGAUGGAAGAAAAUCGGGACGGGAAUAAAAUGAGUGAUGAAGACAGCGACUCUGAGGAUGAUUGGGACAGUGACGAUGGACUUACCACCACACUGUCAGAAAAUCAUUUGGAAAUGUCAGAGGCCUUACAGAACCAAGAGCUUGAGUUAGUUUCCAGAGAUGACUUGUUUUACUCAAGUUACAAAGACUACCUAGUUGCGUAUUUCAACAGACUUAAAAAUACACCAAGUCAAAGACUUCAACGAAUACAGCAAUGGGCUCUUUCGUUCAACAAGUCGUUUUAUUAUGCUUUAUUGAAUUGA